AUGUCCGAUCCCGUCGCUACUGAACAGCCUGAUCUGUCCAGUCUCACCAGCUCUCCGGGCUCUAAGAGAAAGCGUGAACCGGACAGUCCCGGUUCCCAGCGUGCUAAGCGUGCUGCUCCUCCUGCAGCCAUGACAGCCGAAACCGCUGCUUUCAUCGAGAAUGCCAUUGAGGCAACCCACGCCGCUGCGGCAAAUGGCGUGAACGUCGCCGACUUCAAUGCCUUACAGCAGGCCGCGGCUGCUGAUCACACCGAUGCGUCUGAUCCUUCGAAUGCUACUAGCACGGCCCAGGCUGCACUUGGCAUGUAUCCUACUCUUCAUGUUCCCCCUUCGACAGAGGAGCAGUUUGCGGCUCAGGCAGCCGCCGAGGGCGAACAUAAUCCCGAUGCGGCAUUCGAUGCUGAAAUUGCCCAGCAAGAUAUGAUGGAUCCCUCAGCAGUUACCCAACAACCGCCGGAAAACGGAGUUGAACGGAGACGGCGCGAGACCAUCAAUGAAGGCAUCAAUGAGUUGGCCAAAAUUGUUCCAGGUUGUGAGAAGAACAAAGGGUCAAUCCUGCAGCGUGCAGUCAGCUUUAUUUCACAACUCAAGGAAAACGAACAGCAGAAUAUUGAAAAGUGGACUCUGGAGAAGCUGCUCACUGAACAGGCCAUUACUGAGCUGAGUGCUUCCAACGACAAGCUCAAGCAAGAAUGCGAGCGGCUGUAUAGAGAACUGGAAACUUGGAAGCGCGUGGCGCAGAAUGCUGGCUUGGAGCCUCCUCAGCCAAAGGAGGAGCCUAAUAUGGGAGCAUCAUCAAGCUAG